CUGGAAUAUUGAUCUAAGUUGCGAGGGAGUGCAAGUACGAUACUUUUCAAGAUACUCAGUGUCAUUUGAAGUUCCAACUCUGUGUCAAUAUUUCCUUUAGCGAAUGUCAAGCGAGUGAGAGGCUCGGCAGGACGUUGACGCACACCGAGUCCGCCGCGAGAGGACUCGGCCGAGGUGAAGGCGUCACUCUGAGUCUCAGUUGAGCCAGGGCAGUUGGAGGGAGUGGGGGCGUUAUGCUGCGCGGAAUACUCUGGUGACACUGAUUACAGAUGACGGAUGAUUUCUCGAGGACGUCAGUUGUAUUUCACAUUACCAUUGACAUCUGGAUAAGGAUCACACAAAGAAAGAUCGUGAAGGCAACGGCGCUGAAUGGUCGCUGAGAUAAUCGGCGCUGUACUUCCAGCCGAGCCAACGUCGUAACUGCCGCAGCCAAUUUGUCUCUACGGUAACAGGUGGAAAUGGCGCGGGUGACGAGGAUAAACUUUCUCGCUCUGGUAACGGCUGCCAUCGUCGUCUUCUGUGUUGCUCCUGGACAUGGAUUGGAGUGCUUCCUGUGCAGUUACUCCCCCCGUGGCAACAGCUCCCGCAUGGACGGCUGCACGGACGCCAACUUCACGGCGGACCAGACGGAGACUCGCACCUGCGCCAUCGGAUGCGAGUCUGUUGCUGUUUAUGAUCUCAACGGUGAACUCGAAAGCUUCCACCGUAACUGUGCAACAAACAGCACAAUCAUAACCAACUCCUGCGAAACCUACAAGACGAUUGUGCUCACUCGACACGUGUGCUCUUGCAACUGGUCAUACUGCAACGUUGUCAGCGACAGUGGUCACAUGAUUACUUCAACUUUCUGGCUGAUUUUUGGACCAUCAUUAGCUUGCUUGGUUUUCGCACUGUGAACUGUGAGAUGAGGUACUUAAUUAUGUUAUAGUGCUUAAUUCACAGAAUGCAAAUGGGAAAUGUGCAAGGACAUCUGGCAUGAUUACACUUCAAAAGGCGGAAAGUCACGGUGGUUUUGCCACAGUUAACGGAACAUUGGAAGAGUCGUACCUGCAUUUUUAUCUGCCGAAAUAUCCUUUGUGGGGGCAUUUCCAUCGAUAUAAGGAUUACUACCAAUUUCGUUUUUACAAUUACAUUUCGUAGGUAUAUUGAGAAACAAAGCAUGGUAUACCUAUUGAAAGAACUCUGUAAAAAAUAAAUUGUUGCAACUAAGAUGAAAUCCAAUGGAUAUGCAGGAAAGUUAAGCUCCCAUGAACAAAAAUAAUUCAGUGGAUGUGAUGAAAACACUACUCUUUUCUAAUUGAGUACAAUGCGUGUGUUCAAGUUAAAUUAAUUCAAUUCUUAAUACUAAUUGCUAAAAGCUCAUGUAAUUAUCACAAGUUUUUCCUUUGUCUUCUUAACAGAAUCAUAGUUCCUGUUAUAGGUUUUACCUAGUACAUAUAUUUUACCAAAAAGUGAUUUGUAUGAAAGAUCUAUUAGCAUUAAUGUAAAACAGAUAAUUGUAAUGUUCUGCAUCGCUUGAUAAUGCAUUGAUGCAAGGUUUUCAUAUUUCUAAUAAAUACUGCAUUAAAUGUUUUGUUACACUUAAGCAGUGUUGCAUAUUCAGAUAACAUAGAGGUAAUUAAUGGGAAUAUGUUUGGAUAGUUUACAGUGUUUACGCUGACACAGACAGACAGAAACAGAGACAGAGUGAUUAAAUGAGUAUAACAAGCACAGGGAAUCACGGUAGUCACUAAAAGUACUUGUUGGUGUAUCGGUUGAUUAUAAGAUAUUUAGGUAUGAGAUGAUUGGCUGGUACACAGAGACACUGUGAAAUGUGGGAGUUUUAUGAAAGUAAAGAGGGAAAUC